AUGUCAGAAUCUGAUUCUGGUAAAGGGAAGAGUAAGAUGUCGAAGCACGUAACGCAUGGUUAUCAUUUAGUCAAGGGGAAAUCAAACCAUCCUAUGGAAGACUACGUUUUCGCGGAGUUUAGGCAAGUCAACAAUAGCGAGCUCGGUUUAUUCGCUAUAUUUGACGGUCAUUUGAGCCAUGUCAUUCCGGAUUACUUGAAGGCGAAUUUGUUUAACAAUAUCUUGAACGAGCCCAACUUCUGGACAGAACCGGAGAAUGCGAUUAGGAAAGCGUAUAAUGUAACCGAUACACAUAUAUUGGAACAAGCCAUUGAUUUGGGCAAAGGGGGUUCAACGGCAGUGACAGCAAUAUUGAUCAACUGUCAGAUGCUGGUAGUAGCAAAUGUUGGCGAUUCCCGGGCUGUGAUAUGUAAGAAUGGUGUGGCUAAACAGCUUUCUGUUGAUCAUGAGCCUGCUUCCGAAAGGGAGAGCAUCGAAAAUAGAGGUGGAUUUGUUUCAAACUUUCCAGGGGACGUCACUCGUGUUGACGGUCAGUUAGCGGUGGCCAGGGCAUUUGGUGACAAGAGUUUAAAGAAACAUCUUACUUCGGAGCCGGAUGUGAUCACUGAAAUGAUCAAUGAUGAUACUGAGCUCAUAAUAUUGGCAAGUGACGGUUUAUGGAAGGUUAUGUCGAACCAAGAAGCUGUUGAUGCUAUCAAAGGUAUGAAGGAUGCUCGGUCUGCUGCAAAGCACCUAACUGAGGAAGCUGUUAAUAGGAACAGCAAGGAUGACAUCUCCGUUAUAGUUGUAAGAUUUCAGUGAUCUGUAAGUGUGUCAACUUCUCUUGUUGAACCUUUUUCGUGUUUGAUAGAAUGUUAUGCUUAUUUUGUGUCGGUA